GUACGUAGCAAUAAAUAAAUGCACACAACACUGUUGUCACUAUUCCGACCCCGCCGUCCGCCGCCGUCUUGCGCAAUUCAUUUUAGCCACAUAUACCCGAGCUUUGCCGCCAUGUAUACGUAAUCACCCGAGGGGCCUUUUACGUGACGUAAUGUGGUUAGUAAAGAUGCCCCGGACGGUCCGGGAGAACCGGGCCGUGAGGAGAUGUCGGGGCUUAGUUAUUGUCCGAGAGUCGGAGGGUACUUAAAGCUAUCCCGCACUCCCACUUUCACAAUUCUCCCCAUCUUCAACUCGUUAAUCAUGUCUGCCCCAACCUCUUUCAAGCUCAACACUGGUGCUUCCAUCCCCGCUAUUGGUCUCGGCACCUGGCAGGCCAAGGCUGGUGAAGUCCGCCAAGCCGUCGCCCAUGCUCUCAAGGCUGGCUACAGACACAUCGAUGGUGCUCUCUGUUACCAGAACGAAGACGAAGUGGGUCUUGGCAUAAAGGACAGCGGUGUUCCUCGAUCGGAAAUCUUCUUGACUUCCAAAGUCUGGUCCUCUUACCACGAUCGUGUCGAGGAGUGUUUGGAUACUACUCUCAAAUCCCUCCAGACCGACUACCUUGACCUCUACCUCAUUCACUGGCCUGUGCGUCUUGCACCCAAUGGCACUCACCCUCUUUUCCCUGUAAAGCCCGAUGGCUCUCGAAACCUCGACUGGGACUGGGAUCAAGCCAAGACCUGGGCUCAGAUGGAGGAUGUGUUGAAGAAGGGCAAGGCGAAGGCCAUCGGGUUGUCCAAUGCUGGUAUCCCCAUCAUUGAGCACAUUAUUAAGACUGGCAAAGUAACCCCUGCCGUCAACCAAGUUGAACUUCACCCUUACUGCCCUCAACAUGCUCUUCUGAAGUACUGUAAGGAGAAGGGUAUCCUUCUUGAGGCUUAUUCUCCCCUUGGUUCUACUUCAUCCCCCUUGCAUGAGGACCCUGAUCUCCUCGCUGUGGCCAAAAAGCACAAUGUCCCCACUGCCACCGUGCUCAUCUCCUAUCAGGUCAACAGGGGUGUCGUCGUGUUGCCCAAGAGUGUAACUCCUGCCAGAAUUGAGAGCAACCUCAAGACCAUCAAGUUGGAUGAGGAAGACAUGAACAAACUUGACAAGCUCGCUGAAGGCGGUAAGCAGACCCGGUUCACUGCUCCUCCUUGGGGUUCCGACUUUGGGUUCCCUGACUGGUUUGGCCCUGGUAACAAGGAUGCACCAGAGGGUGCUCGCCUCUUGGCUGGCAAAGCUUAAGUGUUUGGGGUUACAAUGUUUGAAGUAAAAAAAGUGGUCUUGUCAGAGACAUCAAAUAGAUUUGUGGUAUGCAGAUGCGUAUUG